CCAGCGAUCACGUACUGAACGCGUAAUAAAUAGUUAAAUUAGUUAUCGUCACCUCAUUACCUUCCAAUCAACGUAAUGAAGAAGAAAAAUCAUUGUAACAACCCGCUUUAUUCGAAUGAAAAUCGCUUUCAAGCACAAAGUUCAUUGUACAGGUCUGCAAUGAAAUUAGUUUCUGAAAUUGGUUAUAAGUUUACAACACUCGAAACAUUGGAAUCAUUCAUGAUUAGGCUGGCAAUUAUAUAAGUGUUGAUUGUGCGAGUUUAUGUGAAUUUUUGAAUUAAAAGUCGCAAAAAAUAUAGCUAGUUGUACUGCUCAUUAGUUACGAAAAUAAAAGAGCCACAUGUGUUCGAGAUAAGUGAUUGACAAAUGUGCGUUUCUUUAAACAUUUUUUACGUGAAGAUUACACUCAAAUCGUGUAAAAGUGUAUAAACGGGGACAAUCUUCGGAGCUUCGAAUAUUCGAACAGGGGAGGGUGUGGUGAUCUUGGUUUCAAAAUGAAAUUCUUAGCUUUGGCCAUAGUGUUUGCCUGUUUUGUGGCAUGUUUGGGUGAAAAGGCCCGAUACGAUAACUACCGUGUGUAUUCGAUUGAGGUUGAAAAUGAGCAACAGUUGGAAGUGCUAAAGGAUUUCGAAAGUGGCCCAAAUGGAAUUUCAUUUUUGGAAACACCAACUGGCAUACAGCAAACGGCUGAAAUUAUUGUGCCACCUCACAAAUUUGCCGAUAUUGUUGAUUUAUUUGAAAAGCUAAAAUUGAAGAAUCAUUUGAAAAUCGCCAAUCUUCAAAAAUUGAUCGAUGAGGAACAACCGAAGAAUUUGGAACGCUCCGGUUUUGGUUGGAAACAACACAAUGAAUUAGGUGCAAUUUAUGCUUGGCUCGACGAUUUACUUGAACAAUAUCCAAAUGUACUGAUCAACUAUACUUACGGAAUAUCUUAUGAAAAUCGUCCUCUCCGCGCUGUCAAAGUGUCACAUAAAAAG